CCACAGCAUCGGUACGAAAUUAAAACAUGAGAUCGAUAAUCGUGCCUAUAGAGGGUAUAUAAUACACGGUCUGUCAAUAUUUUAUUCACUUAGCUACUAUGUCUAAUAAUUUGCUUGUAACCUUACUUUUGUCUGUGCUUCUGUACAGAGAAGCAACAGCCGCUACAAAUCGAACUUUCCCGGAUUACUUCAAAUUUGGGAUAGCUACAGCUUCCUAUCAAGUGGAGGGAGCAUGGAAUGAAGAUGGAAAGGGUGAAAAUAUAUGGGAUCACUUGUGUCACACAAAUCCUACAUUUGUCGAUAAUGGAGACAACGGCGACAUCGCUUGUGACUCCUACCACAAAUACAAAGAAGACGUUGGCCUAUUGAAGGACCUUGGUGUCGCCUAUUAUAGAUUUUCUCUAUCUUGGUCUAGAAUAAUACCUCUCGGUUUGGCUGGGAGCCCAAUUAAUCAAGCUGGUAUCGACUAUUACAAGAACUUAAUUCAAGAAUUAGUCGACAAUGGAAUUGAACCCAUGGUCACAAUAUUCCAUUGGGAUCUCCCAGAAACACUUCAAGAAUUCGGUGGUUUUCCUAACCCAGAGCUUGUGGAGCACUUUGCCUAUUAUGCUCGGGUAGUGUUUGAAAAUUUUGGGGAUUCUGUAAAAUAUUGGGGUACGUUCAAUGAACCACUGCAAACUUGUCAUCAAGGAUAUGGCACCGGGACUAUGGCACCUGGGUAUAAAUCAUCAGGCUUGGCUGAGUAUAAAUGUACUCAUACCUUAAUCAAAGCUCAUGCCAGGGCUUAUCAUAUUUAUGAUGAAGAAUUUAGACCACAACAACAAGGUUAUGUGGGUAUGAUUCCUGACACGAUGUGGUUUGAACCAGCAUCUGAUAGUCCCGCUGACCAGGAAGCGGCCGAAAGAGCUUUACAGUUUAAUUACGGUUGGUACUUCAAUGCUGUUGCUAAUGGUAAUUAUCCUUCCGUCAUGAUUGAAAGAAUCGAUGAAAGAAGUAAACAACAAGGUUUUGAAACGUCUAGACUUCCUAAAUUUACAGAAGAAGAAAUUGAGUACAUUAAAGGUACCUAUGACUACGUUGCAAUUAAUGCCUACACUACUGCCUAUGCGCAAGCUAAAGAAGAAACUGAUCCAAGUGUAAUCUCUUACGAAAGUGAUUUAAAUGUAGACACUUUCAUUGAUGAAACCUGGGAACAAAGUGCCUCGUCUUGGCUCAGGGUCGUUCCAUGGGGACUAAGACAUCUCCUCAACUGGCUCAGCAAAACUUAUAACCACCCGGAAAUAUUCGUAACCGAAAACGGUGUUUCAGAUACAGGAGGGCUUGAUGAUGAUCGAAGAAUAUACUACUACCAAGAAUAUCUCAGUAACGUUCUAGAGGCUAUCUUAGAUGACGGAGUAAAUGUAACACGCUAUACUGCUUGGAGUUUACUGGAUAAUUUUGAAUGGGCACGGGGAUAUAGUGAAAAAUUUGGCAUGUACAAUGUCAAUUUUGCUAAUCCUGAAAGGCCAAGAACACCAAAAGCGUCUGCCUCCUACUACGCAAAUGUCAUCGCCUCAAGAUGUUUGGUAGAUACCUGUGAAUAAUUCAGAAGACGAAACAGAAAAAUAUAAUUUUGUAGUACUAUCAAAUUUCGCUUUAUAAUAAAUAAACUGUAAUAAAUUUAAGCAAAAACUUUAUUUAGUCUUGUUCAAAAAGGUCAAUUUUAUCACAUGCAAUAUACUGGUGACUCUGUUGACGAAAUCUGCUUCGA